AUCCCCCAAAUUUUCACUCACAGCACCCAUCUGAACACCAUUCAAAACAAUUCCCGUGAAAAGCCCAACACACUGACAACUCUCUUUAACACCUCUCCAUUUUCUCCUCUUUCUUUGUGUACUACACUUUCUGCAUCACUCUCUUUUUCCUCCAUUAAAUUGCCUCAAAAACCUUCUCCAAAUUGUUACUAACUACUAUUCUCUUUUCUUUCUUUGCUCCCCACCACUUUGAAUUCAGCACUAAGUUUCAUUAUGGGAAUUGUCUCUAUGUUUUGUGCGUUUUUCUUCAUUGUUGGAAGUGUAAUCUUUCAGCUUUCUCAUAGUGCAACUGUAGCAGUUGAUGGAGUUUCUGAGUGGAAAAAUCCAACAGUUCAAAUUGGUGAUUCCAUUAUUUUCAAGCACAAGUAUGAGUACAAUCUGUACAUUUUCCAGAACCAGAAUGCCUUCAAUGUCUGCAAUUUCACUCAAGCUACACUUCUUACUAAAUCUGAUUCCAAGUCCUAUACUUGGCACCCAUCAAGGCCAGGGAUGUUUUACUUCUCAUUCAACAAUGGAACCAAUGCAGCAUGUCUAAAGAACCAAAAGCUAGCAAUUAAGGUAUCAUUUUCAGCUCCGGCACCAACUCCUGCCACCUCGCCGGUGGGAGCUCCACCGGUGAUAUCCGGUGGUAUUGUGUCAUCUUCUCCGGCAUACCCAUGGCCAUUUCAGCCACGAGAAAGUACUUCCCCUAGCCCUGCACCGAGUGCUGUUCUGCCUGCAAAUGGGCCAAUGGUGCCGGAAAAAGGAGGUGAUAUUCCGUUUAUUAAUAGUAAUCCGGCAGUUCCCUUGCCUACUGGUGAAGUAGAUUCUGCUACUAUCCGCCCUUUGCCAACUUCUGCUUCUGCUCACCAUACAAUUAUUCAGGAGGUAGGGUUUUCAGCAAUUCAAACAGCUGUGUGCUUUGCAAUAUUAUUAAUUCUACUUUAGACAAUGCAAAAGGAGAGACAUGUAAAAAGAGAGAUUCCACUCUUGGGAUGCAGUAUUUUUUUGAAUCUAAAGUAGCACUGAAAGGGGUUGAUUAUCAUCAUCAUUAAUAGUAGUAGCAAUAGAGUAGUAACAUAUCAUGUGUAAUAUUGCUAUCCUUUGAUCCUACUUUAGUACUUAUGAUUUAUUAGCUUUUUCUUCUUUUAGUUUUAGUUUUGGCACCUUAGCAUUUUACUCCUUUUUGUUUUUGUUAUCAAAUAUUAUAUUCCCGUCUCAAAUUAUUAUUAUUUG